AGCGACGAGCGAGCGAGCAUCCGAGGAGGAGACUUUUGAAAGAGUAGCGUGGGCUCUCUUCUACCUCGAGUGGGCCAGUUUGAGGUCAACCCUGGACCCAGUCAGUUCAGCCUCCGGAGAAGUCUCUCAUCUCUCAGUGUCAUAGCCAGCAUCAUCCCACAGACAUUGCUGCAGCUUCUGAAUAUCUCGUCGUAGUUUUUCUUUCGAGAGUCUGAUUAUUUUCGUGUUUCAGCAGCUUCAAGUCUAUUCAAGGGCUGAUUUAUUCAACCGCAAGGUGCACAAAGGUGGUUUUCUAAGGCAAACUGCAGCGCCGCAUCAUGCGGAAGAUUGGGCAUCGCCAGUGGCGGACACGCAACUUUUGCCACUUCAUAACGGCGUUGGUAAUCCUCACGGCCAUCUGUGCGGGAGCGGAUCAGACGAAUGACGAGUCUCGCAUUGUUGUUGUCAAAAGAGGCAGAAGCGGCGGCAGCAGCAAGCGACCCCCCGCAAAUCGUAAGCAAUUUAAUCAACAGCAAUUGUUGACUCAUUCUUUUCUCAUUUACAAAAACCCUGCCGACGAUGCAAUUGUGGACACUGUAAAAGAGGUCGACGAGUCGCAAACGACGGCAGUCGACACCAACUUCCUGCCCCCCGUGCAACAAUCAGCUCCAGUUGUUUUUACACCUGGUUUCGUUCUACCGUUGGAAGAGCCCAGCUUGGACUACCUUCCGCCUCAGUCUGCAUCAAUUCCACCACCAAGGGAGUCCACCAAGAAAAAUCCAACCAUUUUUUUCCCUCCGCCUGACAGAAAUCCAGAAAUCGAUGCAGCCAAUCUUUCCCUUUUCGAUGCCAAUGAACGGCCGCUCUCCUUUGAGCCAAAGAAGGAAGAAUCGUUGAGCGUGAACAACGGCCCGUCGUCCUUAUUUGACGAUAAUGUCAUUCCUCCUGCUGGCGUUAUUCAAAGAAUCGUCGUCAACAACAGCAGAAACAGACAAGAAGCCCAACAGAAUUAUUACACCGUUCCAAGCAGAGUAUCGAACGAACCCAAACCGCCAAGUCCACCCGUUUAUGAUCGAUUAGACGACAGUCUUUUCGACUUGGAAUCCGAGUACGAAGAUAAUAAAGCUGUGCAGAAUCCUGGUUUGCCAAGUACGUCGUACGGAUGGCCGGCCACCACUAAACGCCCCAAAACUCCAUCGCUGUUUGACACCUCCUCCAAUUCGGAUGAUUUUAAAUAUCCCGUGGCAUCUUCAUCGCCGAAUUUUGAACCUUCACCGCCAUCUAUUUCACUACUGUCGAAUCCUCCAACAGCACCUCCGGGGUACAUUCCUGACUCUCCUGCUCCUCCAGCUCCUCCUUUUUCUCCUCCUUUGGCUUCUCCUCCUGCCAAUCCUGGCCCGGCUGCUCCAGUCCUGUAUGCUCAAUCCGACGGAGAUUACAAUCAAGUUCACUUGACAUGGGCACAACUUCACGCCAGUUUGACUCCAUCAACAGAUGCCGCAGGUAUUAUUUCUUCCAUCACCAAUAGUGGCAACAAUUACGCCACUAGCGGCGGCGGAUCACGUCCCGCUCCUCCAGUGGGGCCUCCAUCACCUCCAAUUGUUGGCCCUCCAGCUCCUCCUCCUACUGGAAUCCGACCUCCUGCUCCUCCUGUCGUCGGUCCGACGCGUCCAGGUGGGAUCGGUUCAACGAUAGGGUCAACAAUUGGUUCAACGUUAGGCUCACUGCUUCCGGGCGGAAUCGGCUCGGGAAUAGGAUCAACGAUUGGAUCGACGAUCGGCUCAUUUGUUCCUUUCAGUCCACAACCUCCUGCUCCUCCUCUCACAUUUGCACCUUCGUUGUUUAGUGCUAAUUCCGACUCUUAUGGAUCCUCCAAUAGUGGAACUCAAUCCGCCCAGCCGCAAUCUUACCAGCAGCAACAACCACUACAGCAAGAACAACAGUUUCCCAGUUAUGUUCUUUCAGCAGCCAGUCCCUUGGCUGCAGUUGGGCCUCCAUCUAGUUACAGUCCAUCUUUUUCGAGUCCUCAACAGCAACAACAACAGCAACAGAACACACCAAGUGGGCCAACGAUCAUUAUAUAUUCAGGAUCGCCCUCUUCUCCUGGCCAACAAAGUGAUUCAGGAUUAGACUACGGUAGACAACCUUCUUUCAAUCCUCCUGCCAAUCCACCGUCUUAUCAACAGUCUUUUAGCAAUCCACAAGCAGCACCUCCAGCGAAUCCACCGUCAUAUCAGCAAUCCUUCAGUAAUCCUCCCGCUUUACCCCUAGCCAAUCCACCGUCAUAUCAACAGCAGUCUUUUAGCAGUCCACCAGCGAAUCCGUCAUAUCAGCAAUCCUUCAGUAGCCCACCGGCAGUACCUCCUGCAAAUCCUCCGUCGUAUCAACAGCAGUCUUUUAGCAGUCCACCAGCAAAUCCACCGUACCAACAGUCUUUUAGUAGUCCACCUGCUGCCCCUCCUGCAAAUCCUCCAUCAUAUGAACAAUCCUUCAGUAAUCCUCCCGCUUUACCUCUAGCCAAUCCACCGUCUUAUCAACAGUCUUUUAGCAAUCCUCCCGCUAAUCCGCCGUCAUAUCAGCAAUCCUUCAGUAGCCCACCGGCAGCACCUCCAUCCAAUCCACCGUCUUAUCAGCAAUCGUUUAGCAAUCCUCCGGCUAAUCCGCCGUCAUAUCAACAGCAGUCUUUUAGCAGUCCACCAGCAAAUCCACCGUCAUAUCAGCAAUCCUUCAGUAAUCCUCCCGCUUUACCCCUAGCCAAUCCACCGUCUUAUCAACAGUCUUUUAGCAAUCCACCAACGAAUCCGCCGUCAUAUCAGCAAUCCUUCAGUAGCCCACCGGCAGCACCUCCAUCCAAUCCACCGUCUUAUCAGCAAUCGUUUAGCAAUCCUCCGGCUAAUCCACCGUCAUACCAGCAAUCGUUUAGCAAUCCUCCGGCUAAUCCGCCGUCAUACCAGCAAUCCUUCAGUAGCGCGCCCCCAGUCCCUCCAGCGAAUCCACCUUCUUCAAAUUACGAUUCAUUUAAUCCAUCAUUCAGUCCAUCUUUUAAUCCCCCCGCAACUUCAAAUUUCAAUAACUACGCACCAGCAAAUCAACAAUUUUCUAGCCCACCGCAACCUCAAGCACCUCCACAACCUCCUGCGCCACCCCAAAGUCUUUUUAAUUCGUACGGAGAACCCAUUGGAUUAGCUGGUGUCCCCAUUCGACCAAACUCUCAACAACAGCAGCAACAACAACAGUUGCCCAGCUAUGUUCUUUCUCCGGCUAGUCCCCCAGCACCCCCAGCACCCCCAGUUGGUCCUCCAUCAAGUUACAGCUCUUCUUUUUCGAGUCCUCCAGCACAAACUUUCCAGGAUGCCAUUCCGGUAUCCAGUCCGUCUUAUCAGCUGGCCGUACAAUCACCACCUUCUGUAACUUACGUACAACAGCAGCAACAACCCGUUUUUGUCCAGCAACAGCAACAGCAACCCGUUUUUGUCCAGCAACAGCAGCAACAACCCAUUAUUGUCCAGCAGCAGCCGCAGCCACCCAUUAUUGUCCAGCAGCAGCCGCAGCAACAGCAAAUUGUUGUCCAGCAACAGAGGCCAGUUGUGGUUCAGCAACAACAGCCUGUUCUCGUUCAGCAGCAACAACAACCUGUUUUAGUUCAACAGCAACCCAUCGUCGUCCAGCAACAGCGGCCCGUCCUUGUCCAGCAGCAGCAGCCUGUCCUAGUUCAACAACAACCAGUUAUCGUCCGGCAGCAGCGGCCCGUCAUCGUCCAACAACAACCACCGGUAUACGUUCAACAGCAACAACAACAACAACAAUAUACUUAUGAUAGUUAUCAACAGCCAGCAGUUCAGUUCCAGCAAUCCUACGAGCCUGCCUACCAAACCGUGGUCCAACAAGCCGCACAGCCAGUUCUACAGCCCGUCGUACAGACAGUCCUUCAGCCGGUUCGAGCAGUUUUCGAUCCCGUUUACCGGCCAGCUAAUCCCACGCAAGUCCUGCGCGUUCCGGGAUUCAAAGCUCAAAAGGGUAACAAAUCUAAAGCCAAAGGUAAAGAAGGAAAAGGAAAAGACAAGUUUAAGAGCAAAGGUAAGGGUCCAUCCAACAACAGUUUCUCAGCUCCGUCCAACAGUUACGCAGCCCCGUCCAAUAGUUACGGAGCACCACCGUCGAACAAUUACUACCAGCCUCCGGCAAACGAUCCGCCGGCAAACGAUCCACCGGCCCAAGAUGACCCAGUGUUUGACACCGUCGUUGAGGUCUUGCAGCCUCAGCUAGACAUUCAAUAUCAGUACAAAUACUCUGGGCCACCCAUCAUGGGGCGCGGUGAAAAAGCUUCUAAGAAGCUCAAGAAACUUUUCUACAAGGGGGCCAUCCUGCUGGGCGGAUUAGGAGCUAUUACGGCAGCGCCCAUCGUUCCCGGAGUAAUAGGUCGAAGAAAACGUGAUACCCGACAACCGAACGACGCCGCAGUAGCCAAUUUAGCACUGAUUCCAUCGACUGAUUUGAUGCAAGAUUCGUAUAUUCCUAAUCCGAAACUAGAGUCAGCAUCGAUGGCCGUCGAGAACAAGUCUCUACAAAUGGGCAACAGCAGCACAUCUUUAUUUGAUAGCCUACCUUUUCAAGGUGCUCCGAUCCCCAAGAAAUUGCGCAAGGAACUAGCUCGUUAUCUACCAACUGCCGAAGCCAUGAACGAUGCUGAAUGCCUUCAGAAAUCUUUCUGUGAAAAUUUGAUUGAACUCAACGACUCACCUUUCCAGGACAGCUUUCUCUUCUUCUAUGCUGCUCUGUCACCUGAAGCCGACAAAAACCCAUGGUUGCAACAGUCGCUGACUGCCGCCAAAAAGAAGAAGUGCAGCGAAUUUUAUUGCACGAAAACGGCGGACACGAAAGACGAGGACGGUGCGGAGAUCGACGACGACACAACUGCGACUGAUGACACAACCGUUAGUCACAAUCCAGAGGCUGAAGGACCGUCGCCAGCUGCUUAAUUUCUAAACAACAAUCUUCUGUAAUUCCAUUAUCAUAUAUAGUGUCUGUAUACGAACUAAAGUAGCUAAUCAACAUGUGUUUCAUUUCAAUAUCUCAAAAUGCCGCAAUUGUCCUUUAUGUGACUAAAUCCCGUUUUAUUAUUGUUACCACAAUCAAGGCCAGCAGCAAAAGACGAAACAACACACAGGAUUUUAUCGGAUGUAACGAAAACUCGCAGCAGGUCUCGAGUCAAUAUAUACACACUGUAAUUUUCACGACGCGUUCGGUUAUGAUGAUCUAUCCGCAAUACACAAAGUUUUUAUUCCAGCA